AUGGUUCUAUCAAGCGUGUUAGGGUUUCCAAGAAUUGGGGCGAACAGAGAGUUGAAGAAGGUGACUGAGUCGUACUGGGCCGGGAAGGCGACCGAGGAGGAGCUACUAAAGGUGGGCCGCGAGUUGCGGGCGAGUAACUGGAAGCUGCAGAAGGAAGCGGGUGUGGAUGUGAUUGCUUCGAACGACUUUUCCUACUACGACCAGGUUUUGGAUUUAUCGUUACUCUUCAAUGUGGUGCCUGACCGGUACCGCAAGCACGACCUUUCAGCCGUGGACACGAUGUUCGCGAUGGGCCGUGGUCUACAACGGCUCGCGAAGGACGGCGCCCCUGCAGUCGACGUCACCGCUCUGGAGAUGGUGAAAUGGUUUGAUUCGAACUACCACUACGUGAGGCCCACGUUCUCGCACUCUACAGACUUCAAGCUGAACGGAAAUAAGCCAGUGGAAGAGUACCUUGAGGCCAAGCAGCUGGGCAUUGAGACACGCCCGGUCGUGCUUGGUCCGGUCUCUUUCCUAUAUCUAGGGAAGUCUGACAAGGAUUCGCUAGACUUGGAACCUCUUUCGCUUCUACCAAAGGUGCUUCCACUGUAUGCUGAGCUUUUGAAGCAGCUUUCUGACGCCGGUGCGAAGUCGGUUCAGCUGGAUGAGCCUGUGUUGGUCUUAGAUCUUGCAGAGGACGUACAGUCUGCGUUUAAGACCGCUUAUGAACAUCUAGGUGCGGAAAAGUCUCUCGACAUUGUGUUGACCACCUACUUCGGGACAGUCGUUCCGAACUUGAAGGCGCUUGUGGAUCUUCCAGUGGCUGGCCUACAUUUCGACUUGGUGAGAAACCCAGAGCAGUUGGACGACGUUCUAGCGAUCGUUGGCGAAAACCAGUCGUUGUCUGUAGGUGUUGUUGACGGUAGAAACAUCUGGAAGAAUGACUUCGCGAAGUCGGCUGCCACUAUUUCUAAGGCAAUUGAGAAACUAGGAGGGGACCGCGUUAUUGUUGCCACGUCCUCUUCCUUGUUGCACACUCCAGUUGACUUGGAAAACGAGUCUGCCUUGGAGCCAGAGAUCAAGGACUGGUUCUCUUUUGCAACCCAGAAGCUGCAUGAGGUUGUUGUCCUCGCUAAGAACGCUUCUGGCGAAGACUUUUCCUCUGAGUUGAAGGCAAAUGCAGACUCGAUUGCUGCGCGUGCCGCCUCUGCGAUCACCAACGAUCCUGCUGUCCAGGAACGUGUUGCUGGUUUGAACGAGAAGCUAUCCACGAGAGCCGCACCAUUCGGGGAGCGUCUCAAGGAGCAGCAGCCAAUUUUCAAGCUCCCGCUAUUCCCAACCACCACCAUCGGUUCCUUCCCACAGACUAAGGACAUUCGGAUCAACAGAAACAAGCAUGCAAAGGGGGCGAUUUCCACGGAGGAGUACACCAACUUCAUCAAUUCUCAGAUUGAGGAAGUCAUCCGCUUCCAGGAGGAGGUCGGCCUAGAUGUCCUUGUUCAUGGUGAACCGGAGAGAAAUGACAUGGUGCAGUACUUCGGCGAGAAGAUCAAGGGUUACGUCUUCACAGUGAACGGAUGGGUCCAAUCAUAUGGUUCUCGCUACGUCCGCCCUCCAAUUAUUGUCGGUGACCUAUCUCGUCCCUUACCUAUGUCCGUGCGCGAGUCUGUGUACGCGCAGUCCAUCACUACAAAGCCUGUGAAGGGCAUGUUGACUGGCCCCGUCACAUGCUUGCGGUGGUCUUUCCCCCGUGAUGAUAUCGACCAGCGUACCCAGGCCCUCCAACUUGCGUUUGCGCUCCGCGACGAGGUCAACGAUUUGGAGGCGGCUGGUAUCAAGGUCAUCCAGGUUGAUGAGCCUGCCAUCAGGGAAGGCUUGCCUCUUCGCGCCGGUGAGGAGCGCUCGGCCUACCUGAACUGGGCUGCGCAGGCCUUCCGCGUUGCAACCUCGGGCGUCUCCAACAAGACCCAGAUCCACUCGCACUUCUGUUACUCUGACUUGGACCCCAAGCACAUCAAGGCGCUUGACGCAGAUGUCGUCUCCAUUGAAUUUUCCAAAAAGGACGAUCCUAACUACAUCGCAGAAUUCCAGGACUACCCUAACCACAUCGGUCUUGGCCUAUUCGACAUCCACUCUCCUAGAGUCCCCUCCAAGGAGGAGUUCAUCCAGAAGAUUGACGCCAUCCUCAAGUCCUAUCCUGCAGACAAGUUCUGGGUCAACCCUGACUGUGGUCUAAAAACCCGUGGCUGGGAAGAGACUAAGGCUUCCCUCACAAACAUGGUCGAAGCCGCCAAGCACUUCCGCAACAUCCACACCAAGAAAGACUAA